GAGCGUAUAAAAAACUAUGAAUAAUUUUAAGCUAAAUAUGUGUACAUUUUUAUUAACUUAUUUUUUUCAAAAAUGGAAUUUGCCAUUGCAAGUUGACUGCUGAAGGUUCAUUAUCCAUCUACUUAAUACAUUCAAAUUUGUUUUGUCUGUACAUUUACGAAUGCUAUAGUAUGUAAGAGGAGAAAAGAGAUGAAAAUUAUAUGAGCAGAGAAGAACAAGAAUGAAAUAAAAGAACAAGACACAGAAAAUAGAGUUGGAGUUAUGAUGUUAAAGAAAAUAUAAAAUCUGGGAAAACAGAUACAAAGAGCAUUGAGAAUUUAGAUAUGGUAUAUGGAAGAAAAAAAAAGAUACAAGCUAUCAUUGCCUCAAUCCAGACAAACCUGUAAUUAAUAUGAAUAAAGUAUGUAACAUUAAAAGCAUAAGUCAAAACCCAUGAGGAAGACUAUAAUUUUAUGACAUGAUAAAUAAUCAUUGUUCUUGUACUUUGGUCAUGACCCUGGUAAUCAAAUGGCAAUCAAGAUUUGCUCAAGUACUACAUCUAGACGCAGCGCGCCCAGUCCCCAAACAGUCGAGAGGAAACCAGCGAGCAUUGCAGGUUUCCGUAGUCCGGACAUCCUCCGUUUGGGCUCUAUAUCUCCUGGUUUCUGUAAAACCAUUCUUGGCUGUUCCACAAUGGCAUUGAAACAAAAGUGGACAUGCCAUAGAAGUGUUCCCUACCAGAUAUUCAUCAGCGAUUUUAAUAGUGGAGCACCUUGCGUGCUCCUCUACUAGUUCCUGACUUUGGAAGAUCCACUCAAAAUUCACAUCUUCUAAAGGACUUGUAUACUGAACUUCUUGCGAGUCAGUCUUUGAUAUUACCUCUGCAGUCACUUGUAUCAGACUUUCAGCAAGUAUUCUGUGUUUUGUACGGCAUAGGAAACACCGCACAUUCUGUUCUUACUAUCUACCUCCAAUAGGGCAAGUUUGAUACAGCGUUUUGCUACAACGAGUGUAGUACAACAGGAAACCAAACUACAGAUAUUGCUCACAAAUUGCGUCGCAUGUCGACAGGAUUUCUUUUCACUCUUUGUACUUGUGCCAUUGCUCAAUUUCCUUUGCAUUUUGUAAGCCAACAAUUUCCCUCUCAUACCUGUGUAUUUUGUAUGCAGCAGCAGAAGGAGGAACUAGAAUGCAUUUGGAACGUGUUCAAGUCUACAUCGACAACUAGAGAUUUGUUUAUGUUUUUAUAUCUCUGUAUGAUUCUCUGUUAAACUGAAAGCACUUCAAAAUAUAUCAUUAUUAUCGUGCCUGGAGAUGAGGAGACAUUUUACUAGUGGUUACUUUUUCAUGCUGUUCAUUGAUUCUGCCAUCGAAUUGUAUCUUAUUCUCUGAGAUUCCUGAAACCUGCAAAUCAUUGUGCAACAAGUGCUUGUGGGCCAGGAGAAGCCACUUGUUCGACCACAGACCUUGAGUUACCAGCAGAGGAUCUCGGUUGAGGCAUCUGUUGUACCCACAUCUCAACCUUACCCAUUCUCUGAAAGGCGUUUGCCAAAUUGCUAAUCCUCUCACGUAGACAUAUGCUGUAAAUUUGUUAAUCCUGGAGUUCAUCAGGAGACGUGAUCUGAUAGAAUCCGACACCUGCUAAGCCUGCCUGUUCUCCACAUCUUCAUUUUUUUGCAGAACUUGUAGAUUUGCAGUUUGAGGACAGGUGCCCUAUGUUGACUUCUGAUUCAUGUCCUGUUAAUCUACUGAACAAAAAAUAAAAGCGAAAUUGACCUGGAAACCUACAUUAAACUCAUUCUUACCAAAUUCAUUAUCUAACUUCAAGCAAUAUCUCCUCAUAGAUUUUAAUCAUCAACUUUUGACUUGAAAUCAGGGAAGUUUUAUUCUAUCAAAAGAAUAAGAACUCUGUUGUCUUCUUCUGGUGUUUGAAAACUCAAGUGAACCUCCAGUCGUCCUCGAACAAUACACUGGUUGAGAGGGAACUGCCCUUUUAACACACUUCAACUUACACCGUGUCUGUCCGUCGUAGAAGGUGUACAUUUCACUGACGAUGCAAGAACAGAAAUACUGCUUACAAAUUUUGGUCCAGUGUGAGACUGGUUCGAGAUUUUCUCUUUGUGAUGGAGUACCCUAUAACUAGCAUCAGCAUGAGAGACGAGUGGGAAUUCAUCACCUCGUAUCUUUACGAUUGUCUUGAGAUAGGAGAGCUGAAUGCGUUAUGUGGUGAUCGUGUGGUGCAGAUGACCAAGACCUACAAUGACAUUGAUGCAGUUACAAAACUACUGGAAGAGAAGGAGAAGGAUUUGGAGCUUGCAGCCAAGAUUGGCCAAUCUCUCCUGCAACAGAACAAGCAACUUGAGGGUCGGAUUGAAUUAACGGAAGAGAAGCUCACAAUUGUCGCAGAUCAGAAUACCCAGUACCGGCAUGACUUGAAAUUGAAGGCGGAGCUACUCAGCAUCUAUACCAAUGAUGUGGAACAUAGCGACUCCGAAGACGAAGCCGUAUGGAACAUGAAGGGCAAGGCGAGCAUCCAGUCCAAGUACAUCAACAUUGACAACCUGCAGAAGAAAAUCAAGAACCUAGAGGAGGAGAAUCUUCAUCUCAGGAUAGAGACAUGCGAGCUCCGUACAACCACCACCAAUAUAGAAGAGAAGGAGGAGGAGCUUGUAAGGGACUGCUUCAGACAACUCGGUGAUGCACGUGGUACUUGUGAGAUUCUGACGGAUGAGCUGAGUAAGAGGUUUGAGGAGAACAUGAGGCAACAGGAAGAGAUCACCUAUCUCUUGGCCCAACUUGUUGACCUCCAGCAAAAGGUCAAAAAGCUUUCCGUUGAGAAUGAGGAGAUGAGCCGGCACCUUACAGCUUCCAAAGAUUCACAGCAAGACCUAGUCAAAGAUUUAAUUGAGACGAAAGAAAAGUAUGAGGAAGUUUACACCAUGUUCCAAGAAGCGCAGGAGACAGCGAAGAGAUCUAACCGUAGUUCUAUGUCCCACGGCGGUAUCGGCUUUGGCACCUAUCUAAACCCACUACCAGUCUUCCCUGCUGAUUCCUUAGCAGCUGAGCUGGUAGACUGUGUAGAGCAACGAUUAGAGAAAGACCCACAUCUCUCCAAGAAAGGCAAAAGGGAAUACAACAAGAAUGUAAUGAAGACGGUGAAGGUGGUGAACAAGAGAAGCCAUAACAGUCCUGGCUCUGGGUACAGCAGUGAUUUCUACAGCCGACCAGUCUCUCCGUCCAGCUCCGUCGUCUCUCUCGUAGGCUCACCAAGGAGUGAGAUGUAUGAAGGUGAUAGUGAGAGUAUCAACAGCUCUCUUGGAUCCGGUCUGCAUCCUCCGGUCUCCAGCAUCCCUGGUUCCAAUGACCUCGAGACCGCUCUAAGACGUCUCAAGCUCAGACGAGAGAACGAGACUGCCGAGCGGGACUACGCUGAGCUCCACGUCAACUCACCUACCUGUCCUAGUCCAGACAGUAUGCUGUCGGGACUGUCCGGGAUCUCCGGCAUCUCAACGGUACCGAUGGGAGGAGGAGGAGGAGGAGGAGGAGGAGGCCAGUCGUUCAGGGCAUACAUGCCAGAGAAACUGCAGAUUGUCAAACCAAUGGAAGGUUCCAUGGCCCUUCAUCAUUGGCAGCGUCUUGCCACCCCUCACAUAGCCAGCAUGUUAGACUCCAGGCCAGGUGUCGUCGUGAAGGACUUCAGGGAGAUCGAUACCAGGCGGGAUAAUUACCUGGAUGAGAUCGAGGAUGACGGCUGCGUCCAGAGUGGGACUUACCCCAGUAAAGGCUUUGCUCACACCAGCAGCACAUUUACAUACACCACCAGCAGGUUGGGGCAGACGGGCGACACAUUCAUGACCUCUCGCAAUCCUUAUGGUACCAGGAUGACCAUUGACCUGCAGGAGCAGGCUUUCCCCGGUGUCUAUGACCCUCCUCCCGGUGCCUCUCUUGGUCUCGCUUCAGUCCUGGCGACCCCUCAGGUCACGUCCGGUUCAGCCGUCCGCCUCAAGGCCAGCCAGACCGGAGCAGUAGGUGGUGCCAAGUCCAAGCGUUCAACCACCGGUCUAAACCUCCUAUCCACGAGCCCGAACUCUGAGAAGAAAGCUGAGCUGGAUGUAGAAGCUCCAUCGGGUGUCCACAAGGUGUCCGGUCAGAUCUUCUCCAGGAAUGCGUCCCCGAUCAGCUCCAUCAGCAGCGGGAUCAAAAUCCUGGAUCCCGACACCAAGGCUCGACUGAUGGAGAAGGUCAAGUGCAUCAGAGCAGAGAAGGCAGCGCACAAAGCAUUGAUGCAGCGGCAAAUGUCUGCAACUACAAAUGCAGUGAUGAUCGCACCCUCUAUGGCUGUCAGUAUUCCUAAGACGACAGUGGGGUUAAGUGGGAUGAUGUUGUCUUCCAGCGCCUCUGCAACACCUAGAAUGUCAUCAUUCACUAGUGGAUCGGUAGUGCCAUCAGCAAAUGCUGGCCUGAAUGCAACAACAAAUGCAGUGAUGAUUGCCCCCUCUAUGGCUGUCAGUAUUCCUAGGACGACAGUGGCGUUGGGUGGGAUGAUGUUGUCUUCCAGCACUUCUGCAACACCUCGAAUGUCCUCAUUCACAACUGGAGCAGGAGUGCCAUCAGCAAAUGCUGGCCUGAAUGAAAUGUCGUCAAGUGCCGCUCCCGGAAGUGCAGGAAGGCCAUCAAUGAAUGUUGGCUUAAUGUCUUCAAGUUCUACCCCCAGAAUGUCAUCGAUGAUUGGUGGAUCAAGGCCAGCAAUGAAUGUUGGCUUAAAUGAAAUGAUGAUGUCUUCAAGUUCUACCCCCAGAAUGUCAUCGAUGAUUGGUGGAUCAAGGCCAGCAAUGAAUGUUGGCUUAAAUGAAAUGAUGAUGUCUUCAAGUUCUACCCCCAGAAUGUCACCUAUGAUUGGUGUACCAGGAGGGUCGUCUAUGGGUGUGGGUGGCAUGGUGAUGUCUUUAAGUAGCGCUCCAAGAAUGUCGUCAUUCAGUAACGGGUCAGUAGGUAGCGGAGUAGCAUCAGCAGGCAGCAUGCCUUCACCUUAUGGAACUUUGCCAGGUGCUCCGACAACAUCCUUGUCAUCCGGUACAACUACCCUUGGUAGUUCACACCUAUCAGGCACACCAAGUCUAUUUCCCGGGGGACUAAUGUCGCCCGGUUCCUCGUUCCCUCCAGUCCUCGGCCAAUCUAGGGUCCUAGCUAGCCCAAUGUCAGUCCUAGCAUCUAGACCUGUCGCUGCGACCACCACAUCCUGUGAGACCACCACGGCUGGUCUAGGACAUGCUCUCGAACCCUCUGGGCUAGGCGCAGUCUUGGGCCUAAUGGACAGUCCCAAGGCUAAGACCAUCAUCACAAAGACCAAGACUAAAGUAGCGAUGAAGAAGCUAUAGCAUUGGAAAUAAAAAUUAGACCAAGAACAGAAAAUAGUUUGAGCGAAGACCAAUUGUGUAUUAUCGUCUUUGAAAUUGUCCAAUGAUGAAGUGGCUCGCUUCAUCUGUGGCUUUCAGAAUAAUCCCAAUGGCGUGGUUUGCCUAGAAAUUGAAGUUGAUACUGGGACAGGAGGCAGGCCGAAACAUCCCAAGGUGCUUUGGGAAAUCUUCAGCUUGUUAGCUACCUUCCCAGAGUAGACCAUCAAUGAAAUAUGAUCAGAAAUCAGAAAUGUGCUGAGUAGAACACUAAAACUUUAUCAUGCAAUAGGUAUUAUACUUUUUCUUGGAAUAUUAAGUCGUUUGAUUAUACAUUUGAAAAGUAAUGGGUACACUCUCGCUAAUAUUUCUAUAUCUCCAUGCCUCUCACAAUAUCUUGUAUCUCAUCUCUAUAGCUUCGUAGAUAAUGACUAAUUGCUCUGUACAAGUUGAUGUGUCAAUUUAUAAGCUUGGCUGAAAUUUAAUUUAUUUCUUAUGUUUUAUUGCUCGGCACAUAUAGCAAUUAAAUAUUUAAUGCUACUCCAAGUUAUAUGAUGAAGAAAAAAGAAGAAAAAAACAGAGUAAACCACAGUGCAGCUCUUUUUAAAUUUUUGUUUGCUUGUUUUCGUUGUAUAUUCCCUGAAUUUGAAAAACAUGAAAAAGUUAUAUCCAGCUAUUUUCUUUACAGUGAAAUAUCUUUUAGUUUUAUUUGGUCCUUGUUUUUAAUUUACAGUAGUUUGUAAUGAUGAGCUAUUACAGGUAUUUUUUUCUUUUUCAAUCCAUAGUUUGAAUACAAUAGAUGUUUAACAUGGAACAGUUCCUGUUUAGCCUCUAAGAACAAAGAAAAUCUAAAGAGACAGCUCAAGAAUUUAAUGACCAAGAUAUAUUUUGUCUAAAAACAAAUCAGUGUCUAAAUUGGUGAAGUGAUCAACUACUUCAGAAAGCUAUGGUUCUGCUCAAGUUUUAGAUACUUGUGUUCGAGUCAGCAUAUACUGUUAUUUUUCUAAUUGCCAGGAAUGUCUUCCUCAGAAUUUCAAAAUGAAUUCUCUAUCAUUUCUCUUUCCUUUGUGGUUUGUGAAUUUAACUGUACUUUUAGUGAAUAGACAUUUCAUGUAGAGAAAUAUAGCCACCUGGUAUUUUAACGAAUCCUUCCUUGUAAAUUUAAAAUUUCCUUAUAUUUUAAAGUUUGAUAGUGCAAUACAUGUACAGCAGAUUAUGUUUUAAUAUAAUUUGUUUUUAUUUGAUUUGUGUUUCUUUUUCAGAUGCAUGAGAACAACAUUUUUUUACUGAAAUUUGGUUUGUUUCAAUGUAUUUGCCUUAUUAUGCUACCAAAUGAAAGCAAUUGUUUUUAUUCAGUUGGUUCGUUUAAGAAGUGGUAUGUAAAUUGCUACUGGUAAUAAGUGUCAUAUCUGUCCAUGUUCUUGAAACAACUCAUUGAACCAUUUUGAACGUCAUGUAUAUUUUUCUUGUCUUUGAGAGUACUAUUUUGAUUUUAUUGCCAUUGAUUUUAAGGCAUGUUGAAAUUUGAUUGCUGGAUGUGCUUUUCUUUAUUAUUUUGAAUGUUUUGUAUGUCAUUGUACAGGAAAAAAUGAUUGAAAUGAAAGGGGGGGAUCCAAAGAUACAGUAGCUUCAAGAUUUGCCAAUUGGGUAGCAGUUGAAAUGAAGAUUGAAAAUAUUGCGCAUUUUAAAAGUAUUGAAAGUUAGAGGCAAAUCUGUGCAGCAAGUGAAUAGUAGUACAUUGUCGAAAUAGAUACAAGGUUAUUUUUUGUUGUGAGUGGAACGUAGGUGAAAAGAUACAAUGCGGAAAUUUGAGAAACAAAGUUGGAUUGAUGAAUUUACCCCCUUGAGCCUUUAUAACAGAUGGCUGUUUUGUGGACAUAUCGUUGUGGUGUAUUUUCGUAUCAUCUGCCUUGUUUCAAUGCCUUGUAAAACAAUUUUCCCCCUCUCUCUCUUCCCUAAUAUUGAUAUGUUGGCAAUAGCUUUUUUCCUCUCUGGAAAUGUUCAUUUACCUUGUUAGUAUUGGCUCAUCAAAAUCGUCAGCAUCCACCUCUAAUUUACAACUACCGGUAUAGGGCCCUGUCUUUAAUACACACAGUUGCAAUAUUAUUCAAAUCUAUUUCAACUUAAGUUGAAAUUGGUGACAAUCGCAACUCUGGAGCUCACGCAAGAGCUUGGAAAUUGUAAAUUUGUGAUUUGUUUGAAGGGCUUGUGACAGCGGUGUUCUUCAGAAACGUGUACUUGCGUUGUGAUCAAGAAAAUGUGUACUAUUAUGUCAUGUAAACUAUUUUAUUCAAAGAAAUCUGAUGGUAAGGUACCAAGUACUGCUAUGUAGAUUAGUGUUGUCUUGUUGGUAUGCAUGUCAUGUUAGUGACCACUUUCUUGCAAGUACUACUAUUUCACCUGAUCUUGAAUGUUUGCUCUUACCCCUUUAUCUACUUUAAAGGUAAUGUCAUUGUUUUUGAAGAAAUAAAAACAUCAAAAAUCUGGUGAAUUGUUGCAAAUACCUCCUUCAAAUGUGAGCUUGAGAAAAUCAGUAUUGUUUGCUAAGAUUUGACAAUUAACUCAGGUAAACUUAGGAAUCUCCAUUAUUUUUGUUUGUAAACUUUGGAACAAUCUUUGGAACAAUGUGAUACAGGUUAUUUUUUUUUUAAAUUUGUGUUCUCAUCAAUGACAUUAUCUUUAAUCAGGACUUUAUUUUUACCAUCGCUUAAUUUUUUUUUUUUAAUUCAUGAUGCAUGUGUGUAUCCAGUUUGUGUCUAAUUUAUGUAUAUCCGACAUCAUUGACUAAGAAUUAUGCAAGAUUGUAAUUUACUAAAUUAUUUUUGUAUUUUGGAUGUGGGCAAUUUUUGCACUAGUAUUUUUUUGCAAAAUUGUUUUUCAAAGUUCAAACAAUAAUGAUGAUUUAAAAAUAUAAUAAUUCUUAGCUUAUUUAUGUUUCUACUUAUUGUCAUGAUUUAGAUUUGAAGUCUUCUCCAAUAAUUAGCUUAUUAUGAUGAUUAGAUAAGUCGAACAAUGGUGAUAAGACUGGAUAUUUCGAUACUAAUAGCAGUUAAUAGACGAGCAAUGAUGAAUUAUCAAUGGUAAUGAAUUUUCAAUAUAAAAUCCAAACACAAUAUCUCUGCACUUUUUUUCAUGAAUAUUAUUACAAGAAAGGCUUCUUGUGUGUGAUAUAGUUUCUGUGCUGUGCAAAUCAUUGUGACACAUUAUGUACAUAUUUUACCGCAUAAAAUAUGAGAAUGUACUUAUGAAUGUACGCUCUGUGUCUCAGACUUCUGUGUCAUUUGACAUUCUAUGUGAAAGAUUUGACAGAUACACAGUACUCUUCCAGUGUGUAUGGCCGGAUAUUUAUUAAACUACUUAACCUGGUAAUGCCAUAGUAGUACUGGCAGUGACAUUGAGACGCCAUGUAGCUAAAAUAUCAUGAAUGACAUUUAAACUGCAAGCAUAUCAUAUACUACAUUUUCUCACACUGACAAUAAUAUGUGUUUUUAACAUUUUGCUUACAAAUCUACCUUGUUAGUAAGAAAAAAAACUUUAAAAUAUUGAUAUCCAGAUAAGAAAGGGAACAUUAAACCAGGCUUAAAUUCAGCUCUAAGAAAGUAUUGCUAGAGUCUGCUUUUCAUCAUUGUAAGUUCAAAUUUGAAAAUGAAAUAAAAGAAAACAGUAAGUAUAGUGUGCAACUUGUAACCCCCAUAUACCAGCGUGGAAGAAAUAUGGUUGAUCAGUGUUUUCAAUAUUCUCUAUUCAUAGUAAAUUUGCAAGAAAUUUUCUCUAAAUAUAUUAUGUAUUUAAACUUUUAUCUUGUCAUGUCAUGAAAGUUGUCAUGUCUACUUCACAUGGAAUUACCCAGUGUAAUGUGCAAAUUCAAACAUACUUUUCAUGCUUGGUUUACUCUCAUUACAAAGUAGUUAUUAUGUGAUUGUUUUGAUCUCUUAAAACAUGCAGUUGUGUUUGUCACUUAAUACACUUUUUAGAAAGUAAUUUGUUACCCAGUCAAUCAUUGGAGAUGUAUACAUUAUCGAUAUGUCUGAAGUGUGUGAUAUUUGUACAAUACUUCAUCUAAUCAAAUUAUCUUUGUAUCAAUACAGUACAUGCGAUGCUGUAGGAAUAAUGGAAUUGUAUGUGUCAAGAGUUAUAACUAUUCAAAUAGAUGUCAUAUAAUAUUGCUUGACUGGCAGAUCUAAUCAAGGAUUUGUUUCUUUCUAAUAGAUUAAUAUUUGUAUGAGGAAAAAGAUGAUGUAGGGCAAUUAUGUGCAAUGUGUGACAUAUGACAUAUGACCCUUUUCCCCCAUUCAAGAGUGAAAGUCUCUUGAUAUGGUCAUCAAAUAAUAGUUCUCUGUGAUAUUACCAAUCCAUUCUAUCAUAAUGGCUAAAUUUUGGAAGAAAUAUAUGGGGGAAAAGUCAUAUGCCGUACAGACCACAUUGCAUGCAAUCGGCCUGUAUUUAUACAGAUCCAUUUAUGUAUCAAAAUUGUGUGAAUGCAACUUUAAUUUUCUAAAAAGUUGUUAAAAAUUUGCGCAUUUCAUGUUUUGUAAGACAUUUUAAAUUUAUCACUUAAAUAUUGAGUUCCCCUAGGAAAUUACAGAUAUCACCAUUUCUUACCAUUUGAACUUGUAGAUAAAAUGUAGUUUGAUUCUAAGCAGAUUUUAUUUGUACAAUGCACACCAUUGACAUGCUUGUUGAAUAAUGCUAGUAUUAUUAUUUGUUUCAGUCCAAAAUGGAAGCAUGAAAAUAGUAUUUAAGAAAAGAUUUAUAUUUGGGCACCUGUAAUAUCGUAUGCGACAUAUGAUGCCUGUGGCCUGUGUAAUGGUUGCCAUUAUGUGGAUAGAGAAUGAAGGGGAGAGAAAAACUGUUGAUAAUAUAAAUAAAAAGUAAAAAAUCUUAAAAAUCACA